AUGCUCGCCGGCCUGGCCCGGGGAACGUUGUGGGAUGUCGUGCACGAGAGCUUCACGGAGCAACAGUUGCAGUCCUACAUCGCCUGGGUGAAUUCACAGCUAAAGAAGAAGCCAGCAGUUAAACCAGUGCAGGAUUUGAGACGCGACCUCCGAGAUGGCGUGGUCCUUGCCUCUCUCAUUGAGGUUGUAGCUGGAGAGAAACUGAGUGGCGUGGAGGUCACACCCACCAACCAGCAGGCAAUGAAGGAGAAUGUGGAAAAAGUCUUACAGUUUGUGGCAUCGAAAAAGAUCCGCAUGCACCAGACAUCAGCUAAAGACAUUGUUGAUGGGAACCUGAAAUGCAUCAUGAGGCUGAUCCUUGCUUUAGCCGCUCAUUUUAAGCCUGGCUCCAGCAAGAUCACUUUGUCGAGCACCACAGAGAAGAACUCUGGGGGAACUGGAACGUUGUCGGCCUGUCACAGGCCUUACUCGGCUGUGGCUGUCGCCCAAGGUGCGGUGGCCGCCCUGGCAGAGGUGCGCCAGGAUGUCUCCAGACUGGGUCGUGAUGUCUUCCAGCACCGUCAGAGGAACAGCAGCCUGGAAGGAGAGAUUGAGCGACCGCACUGGAGUGUUCGCGCGCUCGUCCAGCAGUAUGAGGGACAGCAGAGUGGCCCUUCAGAAUCCUGUUCCUCCAGCCUCACCUCCCCCAGCCCUAUCAAUAGUGCAAAGAGCGAGUCCGGCACUACACCUUCCGAGGAGAAGGCAGGAUUUGACAUUGGCCGUGAAGAAGAAGAUGGAGAAGAAAAAGCAGGAAGAAGAACAGAAGAAAAUGGCUCUCGGUUGCCUGCUGAAUGGUCGCCAAAGUGUCCUGCCCCAAGUCUGGAAACUUCAUGGGAGGACCACCUCUUGGAGCAGCAGGAUCACUUAGAGAAAGAAAUGGAAGAAGCCAAAAAGAUGAUUUCUGGAUUGCAGGCGUUGCUGCUCAAUGGGUCGCUGCCUGAGGAUGAGCAAGAAAGAUCACUGGUCCUUUGUGAACAGGAAGCCUCUCCUGAAGAGCAGCUGAUCAUAAUCCGGAGCCGCCUGGAUCAGAGCUUGGAGGAGAAUCAGGACCUGAAGAAGGAACUGCAGAAAUACAAGCAAGAAAGCCGGAACCUGCAGGGCGUGAAGGAUGCCCUGCAGCAGCGCCUGGCCCAGGAGGACACUCUGAUGCUUCAGAUGAAGCAGGAGCUGCUGAGAGCGAACCUGGACAAGGAGGAGUUGCACAGCCAGAACGCUGAUCUCCAGAGGAAGGUGGAAGAGCGGAACCGGCUUCUGGCAGAGUAUAAAAAGGAGCUAAGUCAGAAAGACAGGCACCUGCACCAGCACCAGGCCAAGAUGGAGGAAAUGCUGCGCCAGCUCUCCGAGGCAGGCUAUCAGCAGGCCGAGCUGGAACGAGAACUGGAGCACAAGGAGGCCCUGCUUGCUCGCUGCCUGAAGAAGGACGUGGAGGAGGUGAUCGUGUAUGGCAACCAUGGGUCUCAGAGCAACGGCUUCCUCCAGACAUUGGGAAAAGGAACGGCUUCCACAGCGCACCGAGGGACCAGCGACCUGCAGCUGGUGCGCGAGGCCCUGCGCAGUUUGCGGAACAGCUUCAGCGGCCACGACCCCCAGCACCACACCAUCGACAGCCUGGAGCAGGGCAUCUCCAGCUUGAUGGAGAGGCUGCACCGCAUGGAGGUGCAGAAGCGGCAGGAGAAGAGGGUCCGGGGGAAGUCGCCCGCAGGCCAUGCGGUGAAUGAAUACCGGGAAUCCUGGCCUUCCAAUUCCAAACUGCCUCAUUCUCACAGCACCCCUGCCGUGGGCAACAGCGCCUGCACCAAAGUGCUGUACUUCACGGAUCGCUCCCUCACCCCCUUCAUGGUCAGCAUCCCAAAGAGAUUAGGAGAGGUGACGCUGAGGGACUUCAAAGCAGCGAUCGAUCGGGACGGGACACACCGGUACCACUUCAAAGCCCUGGAUCCGGAGUUUGGCACCGUCAAAGAGGAGGUUUUCCACGAUGAUGAUCUUAUUCCCGGGUGGGAGGGGAAGAUUGUGGCGUGGGUGGAAGAGGACCACGGGGAGAACUAAAAUCUUCGCUGGCUGCUGCUGGACGUGCCAGAUGCUGACCCAAAAAAACCCACACAAGUGUUGAUACGUGUGAUUCAAACUGCCAAAAGAAAGGAACAGGGAUGAGCUGUGGCCUCGAGCAAGGACGUCCAGCGCAUGACAGCCACACGCUGUCCCGUUCAGUGCUUUCAGUGCGCCACCUCUGUAUUCGGUCAGGGAUGGACCUAAAAGAUGUGAGUCUUUGCGGUUCCAUCCUGCUGCUUUUGAUAAUCUGGAGAAGUUCCGUCGGCGAUGGACAGUAUUACAAGAAGAUUUGCACGUUUGCGAUGGCCAAAACUAGAAACUGUUUUCCAGCGCUGUUGUAGCUCCUGCCAGCAAUUUUUUCCAAGGAACUCUGUGCCCAGGAGCCUCUCCUGCAACAUCAGGCACCAGCAAGAUCUCCUCCAGAGGACAAAUAGCUUGUGGUCCAGAUCAAAGAGGAUCUACUUGACAGCACUGUGUUGGAGGGGGCAGGAUUAUUACUUCGGCUUUUAUUGUUUUGCAUUCUGGUCUUGAAACUGUCCUUACUUUGUUUGAGGGUCUGUGUGAAAAAUGUGGUUACCCUUUGCUUCACCGCCCACGUUCCCCUUCUGGUUUUGCAUUGGGAAGAAGACCCCAAGCUCCACAUCUCUGUUUUGACAGGGACCGGUUGGCACAACACGAUGUUCUCUGUCCUCCUUUCCCUCUGGGGGGUUUUUUGAUUAAGUCAUCACCACCAGCAUUGGGGGGAAGGCAGGCAUCUCUGGUUUUCCAUAGCUUGGUUUGAAUCCAUAACAUUGAUUUUUGCACCCAGUAGCUAAUUUCUUUUCCCAUCGGCCUUAUCAACCGAGAUGGGCAGCUAAGAGGUGUGGUGUAUGUUAAACUUUCAUCAGAUAAACUUCCACAAGGGCAUUACAACAAGAUUUCUAGAAGGUCUGUGAUCUGAAGCUGUUGCACACAACCCCAGCAAUUGUAGGGUGGCUUUUUGCCCUGCUGGCUCUUCUGCUUACAGAAAAUAACUCAUCUGCCUUGUUUGCCUCAAGCAGAAUAUUAGUUUUGCCCACCAGUGCUCCACCCCCCCCCCCCCCUUUUGCAAUGGUGUGCAAACCUGGGGGUUUAGCUUCAGGAAUCAGCCAGCUGGUGACCUGAGCUACUCCAGGAGCUAUAAGCAGAGAACUGCACCAGCCAGACCUCAGACAUGAAAAGUACAGAACACGUGCUUUGUGGAUAACUAGAGUUUGUACAGAGUUUGGAGAUACAUGAUCCAGUAUUCCUUGUCAGCUUCGUAGGAAAGCAUGCCUGGACAGAUGGAGUGUUUGGGGGGAAUGUUUGGAUACACGGAGCGUUUGCAAUUAUUCUGUACAAGCCUCAAUUACCGUAGUUUCUUAUGAGCCAGUCAGUAGACCGAAGUCAUCACAAGCUUAGACUCUGUAAGAGGCCAUUGUGACGUCAUGCGUGUGACAUGACCUGCCCACCCCGUGCAGAAGCCGUGACGGCACGGUACUUUUCCUUCAGUACUCUCUGCCUGUUUUGGGGUCUAAAAGGCUGAACCAGGAAUGGGGAAGUACCCUGUUUUCACAUCCUCGGCCCUGCUUGAAUGAAAAGCCAGCGGGGCCCAGCGAACCCCGGAAUUCGCUUUAGGCACCCCAGCGUGUCGCCGCAUUGGUUGCUUGCCGCUCCACCCUCCCGAACGCCGCGGCCCCAGGUCCCGAAGCCCGCGUGGCUGCUGGCAUGCCCCGGCCGUCGGGAUGAGCGCCCGCCUGUCCAGCAGCCUGUGACCUUUUUGCGGGAGGCUGAAACUGAAAAAAGAAAUGGUGUCUUUGAUCAUUUUAUAGAUUUGAACAUGUCCUUUGGGUAAACUUGUUCCUGUUUCUUGGAAUCAUUUUGUAUUGGUUUACAUCAUUGUUGAACAAGGACAGUGUCUAUUUUUAUACCUGUGCGAGUGUUUUUUUCCCUGUAUAUUUCCGCACAUUGUAUUUUAUCCAUUUUUCUAGGAAAUGCAAAAAGGCUUUAUAUGGGCUUCCUGUUCAUGCCAACUCGUAUGGCUCCCAUAAUUAGCUUUAUUUUGCUAUGAAGGUAUGUUACGUCCCCGGUGGUUUUCUAUUUUGCCUGUUGUUUAUUGUAGAGACAAGGUGUAUAUGCUUGUCCUCCGUGUACAGAAGAGCAGUAGUGCCUUUUGAAUGCCUGCGUUCGUUACCCUCUGUACCUGCGUUAAGCCUUUGAGUCCGAUCCUUGCUGUUCAAAAUAGGAACUUUAAAGCUGGCUUUUGGGAGUGACAGUUUAUCAGUGGGCAGGGGGAUGUUAUUCCUGAAAAAAUACUUCUUUGUGACUGGUUUUGCUGUUGCAUGAAUUUAGUGGGUUGCAAAGAGAUAGCAUGGAGUCACUGUUACUUUAAAAAAAGUUUAUUUCAGCAAGAGAUGUGCUUUAAGGUCAAAACUGUACCUUUUUUAAAAGAACAUAUUUUAUUUAAGUUUAAAUUGAAUUAGUACUUCCUUAUCCUGUGGCUUAUUGCCAGAAAGGGGAAAAUAGGGGGAAAAGAAUUGGAAAGGUGUUUUAUGACCAAAUUUGCAUCUUUUAUUUCCAUAAAACGAAACUCAUUUUCUUUAAUCUGUGUCUCUGAACUUUGUUCCUGAAAUAACACAAACAGUGCCGCGUGACUGGUUUCGCAUCAUUGGCUCUCCCUUGGCACCAUCCCCAACCUGUCUGUCCUCGAGAUGGGUUGGACUGGAACGAAUCUUAAUCCUUGGGCCAACCCGGCUGA